AUGCAUCGCAAAAACCUAGAGGACGCUCACAAGGCGUACCUCGCUGGUCUCCUCGACUCGGCCCUCGCGGCUAAGCGGGAUGACAUUAGGUUUCUGGAGGCGGCAUUGACCCCCGAAAAGUUGUACGAGAGGCUCUCGCCAAUCGUUAUUGAGCGCGGACAGGUAGUGUUGCGCAACCGUCGUGUUGCCAACAUCAAGUUCAGCGCCGACAACAAAGUAGAGGGGCUCACCUGGGUGGAAGACGCUCAGAAGGUCGCGGAAUGCAAGAAUUUGCUGGCCGACGUCGUGGUGUACGCCUUCAGGGUGAUCUCCAUUGUGGAGUUAGCCUCUCACGCGACGUCGGCGAAACAAGACCGAAAGAAGGCAUUAGCUAAGGCAGCGGAUGUAGAGAUGGCUGACGCCACUCGGGCCGGCCCCUCGAUUCAAUCGAUGGUCGACCGAGCAGUCGCCGCUCGCCUUAAGCAGGUCGAUAGGAAGCCGGGCCGUAAGAGUGUG